CAUCCACAUUCGCCAAAAUAUGUGCGGCUAAAACCCCCCGCGAACCGCUAAGCGGCGGCGAAACAGUCGGACAAAAGCGACAUAAAGAAACGAAGCGAGAAGCAGACGGGCGAAUUAAACAAGUUUCGUUUGCGUGGAACGCAGAAUUGCGUGGAAAGAAAGCCAACGAAGUAGAAGAAGAAGCAGCGCAGCAAAUGCAAUAAUGUUUAAUGUUUAAACAAAUUCGCCAAGGAGUUUCAUUCUUUUUUUCAAAUCGUCAUCCGUGAGUGCGUGUAUGAGUGUUUGUGAGCGUGUGUGUUUGUGUGCAUGUUGUGAAGUGGAAAGAGUGAAAACAAAAUGAGAGUGUGCAAAUGAAGUUGGCCAAGCCCAAAACAGCGAGAAUUAAUUAAAGCGACUAAGAAAAGUGGCCGUCGCCCAAAGGAUUAAUCACGCCCAGGGGUUACCCACCCACACCGCCAACCAACCAAACGAAAACUCGGUGAAAAGAGUGUGAACCGAUCGGCAGCAGGACGCCGAAGGACCCAAAAUGAGCGAGGAACUGAAAGUGGUGCUGCGGCGCAGCGAGCAGCAUUCCGGUUUCGGGUUUUCGCUACUCGGAACCACCGGACCGCCACAUGUCAUCUACGACAUCGUCGAGAAUUCGCCGGCAGCCGAUUGCGGAGCGGUUGAGGCCGGGGAUGUCAUCCUCAAAGUCAACGGAACGGAUGUCCAUCGCUAUACAACGAAGGAAGUUCUCAAAUGCCUGCGCCUGUCGGAACAGCUGGUGACCUUGGAGCUGAAGCGAGAUCCCAAGCUCAAGGCGCGUAUCAAAGAGCAGCUGGCCAACACCCAGAGUCCGCACUAUGUGGACAUUGAGUCGCCGAACAUCUACGAUUACCACAGCAGCAGCACCAACUCCUCGCCGAAUCACCGGCCGAACGCUGGUGGCAAGGGGGCGGCGACCACGCCCUCGCAGACCGGACUGCGCUACAAGUCACCGACGCACUUGCCCUCGCUGCGCCAGAAUUCGUCGCCACUGCUGGCGAGUGGAUCCACCACGACCACAACCACCGCCACGCAUACGCACAGCCACAGUCGAAACUCCUCGGCCAGCUCCACCAAGAUUAAGGUGGUGGAGACAAGCAUCACCACCUCGACCACGAACGUAGUGGGCCUCACAUCGCCCACCGGUAGUGUUGGGGGUGGUGUUGGUGGGGAGGCCACUUCGCCCACCUUCCGCCCCUCACGCAUUCCACAGGCGCUCACCAAAUGUGCCGUACCCAAGCCCGUGCCCGUUCUCCAUUCGCCGCAGAAUAAGCGGCCACGCCCAUCGCAGAUUCCGACAAAGGCGGCGAACGGAAACGGGAACGGACAUACCGCCCAUCUGCCACCGCAAUCGUUGCAGCAUUCCAACAGCUACAGCGGCAGUCCGGUGACUCGGCAGCGGUUUGCCGAUAGGGAGCCGGAGCGGGAACCGGAACCGAAUUCGGCGCCACCGCAGCCGGCGAAGGCGCCACGCUUUGAGGCUUACAUGAUGACCGGUGACCUUAUUCUCAAUCUGUCCCGGACACCGCAGACCAGCAAUCCGCUUCCCGCCCAGGCCAAAAAGAUUGACAGUCUUCGCGAUUCACCCAGUCGUUUGGUAAAUCCGCGUAUCAACGGCGCACUAGCACCGCGUGCCUCUGGUGAAUCCUCGCCCACGUCCUCCUCUUCGGUAGACUCGCCCACCAACACCAGCUCAGAUUCCGUGAAGCGCGAGGCAAAGCUGCUGCAGAAACAACAGCAGCAGCAGCAACAAACCUACCAACAACAACAGCAGCGGGACAGCAUCAACAACAGCUACAAUCGUAAGGAUUCGCUGACCAACGAUACGCUGCUCAUGUGCGAGGAGUUGGAGCCGGACGAGGAGGGCGAGUAUGUCCUGGAAGAGGACAACAAACAGCAGCGGCAGCGCCAACAGCAACAACGAUACCGCCAGCAGCAAAAUCAGCAACGCUACGAAUACUACCAAAACGAGGACGAGCUGGAGGAGCAGGAGGAGGUUGAGGAGGAGCGCGAGGAGGAUCAAACACACUACGACAUCACCAAUAUUGAAACCUACCAGAGCGGUGUGGGCCGGGGUGACGACGAUGACAGUGAUCGGCAGUGUCUGGUAGACGACGACGAUGACGAUGAUGCCUACGAUGAUGAGGAGAACGAUGCGGGCGACGAGGACUACUCCACCAACUCGCUGGGCUCCGGUUCAGCCAAGCAACGAUUGCGGGCGUUGAAACAGCGCACUGCCACCCGCCAGCAGCAGCGAAAUCGGGAUGCCGUCGACUGUGCAGGACGCUCCGGAUCGGGAUCAUCAUCUACCACGGUCAAGAGCGAGGCUGGCGGCCUGGGCCUAGAUGAAACCUCCUUCUCAGUGCCAACCUCUCCGAUCUCGCUGUCGACGCCGCUGAUCGACAAGGAGACGGCCAACUCGGUGCCCACGAGCCCGGAGCCCAGUUCGCUUGUUCCGGAGUCGAGCAGUGGCGCUGGCGCCGGAGCCGUGGUGGUGCGCCGGCAUAACGGACAUGUGGUGCGGAAGUGUGAUGCCGCCGGUUUCCGCACCAGCAAGUCUGAGGACCAUUUGCAGCAGAUCCAGCGCGAGGGCAUCGCCGCUGUGAUACCCAUCGACAUUGAUGAGGAUGUGAAUAGUUCGCUGAACACGCUGCUGGACACGCGUCAGGACUCCGAGGACUCGCAGGCAUCGGAUCGCGAUCGGAUCGUGUGGACUUAUAAUGCGCCACUCCAGCCGCAUCAGUUGGCGGCUCUUCAGCGACAGCAGCAACAGCAAGAGCAGCAAUUCCAACAGCAGCAGCAGCAGCUUCACCAGCAACAUCUGCAGCAACAGCAGCAGCUUCAGCAGCAACAUCAGCAGCAGCAACAACAGCAGCAGCAGCAACAGCAGCAGCAACUCUACGGUCAGCAAUCGCAUUCAAAUUCACAUUCAAGUUCCAUUAGUUCGUCGCCCCAGCACUCGGCUGUGGGCAGUCCGGCCUCGCCCACGUCGGUUUCCUCGUCGGUGAUGUCCUCGUCGGGCUCCAAGGGCGCCCUGGGCCUGGGCAGCAGCAGCAAUGGUCCCAUGGCCGCCGUGCAGCAACAACAGCUGAGAGAGAGGGAGCAGGGCGGCCAGGUCGCGCAACCGCCCAGCGGGAUUCCUGGCUUGCUUAGCUGCCCAGGUGGUGGGUGCGGAAACAAUGGUGGUGGUGGAGGCAUUGGUGGUGGUGGCAACAACGAUCAGAGCGUCUCAGAGGCCAUUUCGAAUAUAUCUAGUCCCGACUACCAAGACGACGAUAAUUUAUUGAGUUCUCGCGAUAUUCUAGGCGGCAUGGUACUUAGCGAUCCCAGUGAUUCGGACUCCACCAUCCUCGUCUCGGACGCGGCCGCCCAUCAGCGCCAGCAGCUCAAGCAGCAGUUGCGCGCCCAGCAGCAACAGCAGAGAGAAAGGGAACGGGAUAGGGAUCGAGACAGGGAACAGUCCGAGCACAAAGUGGUCAUACAAGUGCGCGGUCUGGACAGUAACAGCAGCGGCGGCAACGGAACUAACGGCCGCUCCGAGGAGGAUGUGGUCACGCUGACGGACGAGCCGCUGGGCACGAUGACCGUUGGCAUGCGGGACGCCUCGCCGCCAGUCUCUGACGAUGGCAGCGAUGUGGAGUCCCUGCACUCGUAUCACUACUCGCCCAAGGCCGUGGACAUGCCCUCGGCCAUACGCCUGGCCAAAAGACUGCACUCCCUCGACGGUUUCAAGAAGAGCGAUGUGUCGCGACACCUCAGCAAGAACAAUGACUUUAGUCGAGCGGUGGCCGAUGAGUAUCUCAAACAUUUUACCUUUGAGAAGAAGUCACUUGACCAAGCGCUGCGUGAGUUCUUGCAGCAAUUCUCGCUGUCCGGCGAAACGCAGGAACGGGAACGAGUGCUGGUGCACUUUUCCAAGCGCUUCCUCGACUGCAAUCCUGGCACCUUUAACUCGCAGGACGCCGUGCACACGCUGACCUGUGCCAUAAUGUUGCUGAAUACGGACUUGCACGGCCAGAACAUAAAUCGUAAGAUGAGCUGUGCGGAAUUCGUCGACAACCUGGCAGAUCUCAACGAUGGCGAGAACUUUCCCAAGGAUGUGCUCAAGUCGCUUUACCAGGCCAUUAAGACCAAGCCGCUUGAGUGGGCACUAGAUGAAGAGGCAGGUGAUCUGCAGCAGCAAAGAGCCAACAAUAGUGCCCUGGGCAAUGUGGGUCUCAAUCCCUUCCUCGAUCCCCCAGAACUGGCCACAGCUGUGGAAUACAAAAAAGGCUAUGUGAUGCGUAAAUGCUGCUAUGACAGCAGCUUUAAGAAGACUCCCUUUGGCAAACGCUCCUGGAAGAUGUUCUACUGCACGCUGCGUGAUCUUGUGCUGUAUUUGCAUAAGGAUGAGCACGGUUUUCGUAAAAGUCAAAUGUCCGACAAUCUGCACAAUGCAAUACGCAUACAUCACGCACUGGCCACCAAGGCCAACGACUACACCAAGAAGCAACAUGUGUUCCGGCUGCAGACGGCCGACCAGGCCGAGUAUCUGUUCCAGACCAGCGACUCCAAGGAGCUGCAGUCGUGGGUGGAGACGAUAAAUUACGUGUGCGCCGCUAUAUCAGCGCCUCCGCUCGAGGGAGGGGUGGGCAGUCAGAAACGAUUCCAACGUCCGCUCCUGCCCAGCAAACAAUCCAAGCUGAUGCUGAAAGAGCAGUUGGACUCGCACGAGGUGCAGCUGGCGCAGUUGGAUCAGGAGCUUAACGAGCACAAGAAGGGUCCUAUUCCCAGCAAGGGCUUGGCUCUGCAGAACUACAAGGAAAAGGAGAGCUACUUGCAGUAUGAACUUCGUCGCUACCGCACUUAUGUGAGCAUUUUGAGCGCCAAGAUGCUGGCUGAUCAGCAGCAGCUGGAGCUGCAGGCGCAGCAGCCCUCUCCAGCGUCGCACGAGGAAGAGGCCGACACAUUCCCAGUGGGCACCACCGCCUGCACGCCACCCACGCCGCAAAGUAUUAACCAGAAGGAUCAGCAGAAGGAGCAGCAGCAGCAACAGCCAACGAACAGUCCGCCCAGAAUCUCGGUGUCAACCAAUUUGGCCUGGCGCAAGAUCUUCUGGGACUCAGUUUGCUGCGGUGUUCUGUUGUGUUGCUGGCAUUAUUGUACUGUGCUCACUGUUAUUCCUUAAUCCUUUCUAUGUGUAAAUAUAUUUCGUGUGCGUUCUUUUUGUUUGGCAUUUUGCUGGCAUCAUAUUACCACAUCCCCACAUAUACAAGCUUUAAUUUUGAAUAGUUUUAACUACGAUACGUAUAACAAUAACUGAAUUCAGACUUAAGUGUUGCGCGUAGGCAAUUAAAAGGAAAAAAGGAGACGGAGACCCCUAAUGUAAUUAGUUCUUAUGUGAAAAUGGUUUUAUUUUGGAUGCAACCACAACCACACAACAUGCUGUGAAAACUCAAUGAACAAUUCGUAAUUGAUAUAAUUAGGAAUUUAGAAAACCAAACGGUCGACCGUUUCAUACGAUUUAGAGUCAAGAUUGAAAUGGUUAACUAUAGAAAGCAGUUUUUUGUAGCACUAGUAUCCAAAGUUUUGGCGUUAAAUGUAUACAAACCAAAGAAUAUAUUUAGAAACGAAAUUAAACAAAGAAAUGUAGAAAACACAAAUGUGGUUCACUAGUAGCAAACGUUUACGUUUAAGCCUAAGCUACCGGCAUUCCAAAUAUACAUGCAACAACAUAAUAACUCACAAAGAAAAAAGGAUUAUACCAGUUUUACAAACCAGCACACAUCCAACGGAUAGAUAUAAAAUUUAAGUAGACGAAUCAAUUAAGCCAUCCCACACCCACACACUGUACACAAGUUGCUGAUGAUUUCACCGAUGUACCCAUAUAUGACUCAUGUUAACCCGACGACAUUUGGUGACCCCGAGCCCUAGGUGAACCCAAAGCAGUUGCCGUUACUCGUUGCCCGUUGCCAUUCCGUUUUCCCGUUCAAAUGCGUUCAAAUGCUACGUUCCACCCAAAUGCAAGUGAAAUGUGAAAAGCAAAACCCAAAUGGAAGAAUUCUUCAAUCUUACAGAUGGUUCGAUGUCUUCUGCUGCUGUUGCCCACUCUGGCGGCACUUGAUCCAUUCGAAAAGCCAUUAAGCAACUUAGUCUCUUGCCAAGAUUUAGCCACAUCAGCCACAGCACACGAAGCACCACAACUCAGAGGCUAGUGAUCCGCUCCAAGAGGUGCUCCUUGUAAAUGCCCUGACCCGUACUGAUCGACCCGAUCACCUGUCUUAUUAAAUGUGAGCAGGCCGAGGCCAAAACUCAAUGUUAAUUGUUAACUCUUCAGUGUCUAGCUUGGCUUAGUGCGAUCCCAAAACGAAUUCCCACCAUCCGACAACCCGUUUUUUGUUUUCAAUCCACGAUUGCUAACCUCGCUUAUUGUUCUACACUUGCAGAAAAGAGAAGAAAAAGAAAUAAUUACGUUUUAUUUCGCUCUUGAUUUCGAUCAUUUCAAAACUCGCAUAACCAACACACACCUACAUCACAAUCCCCGCCUCUUGGCUAUCGGCGAUUGAACGAAUUUGAAUAGAAUACUCCAAAAUGCCAAGCUGCCUGCGACGGGAACAUAAACAGAUCAGAUCCACACAGAACCACUGAACCACUCACCCACUCGCAUACUCAGCACCACUCGCGCCACGCCACCACCCACCCACUUACACUCAAGCGUUGCGGCUGUGCCGUGUCUGCCACAGAAAUUCGGAAUUCGUGCACUUUCAGUCAGUUAAAACCCCAUCAGGGGUUGCGAGAAAGAGAUCAUUUGAGACAAUUAGACUACCAAUGCGAUAAUUAACGAGGGAGAAUUUUACGUUUAAAGGUCGUUCAUCAGAAGACAUCGGCAUAAUCUCGGCAACCAGAGGAUUAUCUCGAAUUCGUGCAGUUGAUUUUAUAUUUACCAUGCUACUUAUCCAGAAUGAGGGUAUUCGAGAUCGGUUUCACCUGAUUUAAAGCUACACAGUCAGAUCGAUUCGAAUUUGAAUUAUCGUUCAUAUUUGCUCCGCCAAAGAUUCUGCUGGACGGCUGUUUAGGAACGAGAAUGAAAACUGCUUAUACACAUAGACUUAUUAUUACAAGAGUUGAUAAACAAUACUUACAUCAUUACCUAUGCUAUCAUUAUAAAUGAUAAAAAUAAAUUAUUAAUUAAUGAACAAUAUCUCUACACAACCACAAGAUGGAGAACAUCGGCAGUAACAAUAACGAAAUGAGAAUUGAGAAGAGGACAAGCGCAUUAGCAUUAAGCUUAAGCAAUUACUACCAUACCGUGUACAACUUGUUUUUGGUCUUUUGCGAUACAUUAUCACAUUUAACUGUGUAGGAACAGUUACUCCAAUAUUAUGUACGGAUUAAUAUAUUUAUUUAAACAACUAUCGGUUGAUUACGCGACAUGUCCAUGUAGCUAGAAUAUGAAAUUAAAUAUCCAUUACGGGGUAAAGAGAGAUGGAGGAAAAAAUAAAAUUAAAUGCAUCAUAUAUUUUUGAAUAUAUUAUGAUUAUGGUAUUGUGUAAUUAUGUAAAUGCAGACUAUAUAACAUUGUUUAUAAUAAUUUUUAACAAUUCUACUGAAACGGCAAUAAAUUCGAAAAUACAAACU